GCAUUUCUGGUUUUUCCCACAUCUGACAAAGACACAGAAAAUUCCUUUUUAAUCACAGUCAUUCAACAUUCUUGACAACUAAGUACGUCUAUCUUCUUCAUCAUCCCGGUAGAUCUUUCAAAGACCUCCACCACCACACAAUGGGUAACGUCUGCAGCAGUUGCGAAGAUGGCAAGCGAAGGGGCGCUGAGGACAUGCCGCCAGAAGAGCUGCCGGAUGUCGUUCUUGACGCGUUGAAGGCAUCGCCAAAGGCUGAUGAGAAAAAGGAGGCCACCAAGGACGGCGAGAAGAAAGUCCUCAACCACGUAUGGGAAAUCCCAGAAGCCCAAGCCCGAUUGCAAGGCAUUGUUGAUGCCGCACGAUCAGGGUGCUUUGCACAAGGCCAAGAACCAGUAGCUGUAGAACUGGCCUUCACAAAUGGCAGCUAUUAUCUUAAGGCACCAUGGAUCAUGAUCACGUCCGAUACAGUAGAAUUAUACACUUUUACUUUUUUUCAAUUUCAGUAACAGUGUUCGUUUUCCGCAAUAAUUCAAUUUAAUUGCAACACUGCUACUGCACAGUGAAGAACAAAAAGUACCUAAGGCUAAGGAGUAGAUUUCCCACUCGACCUAGAAAUAAUAGCACGACUCUAGAUUCUCCUUUCCUCGUCUUCCUCUAAGCCCCAAGGCCAGAUGGUCGAAAAGAAGAAGUGGGGCAGCGGCAAAUACACAUCCAAGGAAGGCCGAAUCUACGAGGGUCAGUGGAACAACGAUCGAUGCAACGGCAAGGGCCAUCUCAAGGACUUGGAGAGCUUCUACUACGGGUUCUGGGCUAACGGCUCUAAGGAGGGUGAAGGAUAUGAAAUCUGGCACGCGGAUGGCACCCAGUACAUCGGCCAGCACUCAAACAGCAUGAAAAACGGAACGGGAGUUUACAUCUGGAAUGAUGGAACGAGGUAUCGAUGCUAAACGAUGAUUGUGGUCAACAUAUUUAUCAACCCGGUUUUAUUUAAAAAACGUGGUUAAAAUUUCAUCUGUUGAAAAUUCGAUGCUUUGUGUGGAACAUCAAGUAGCGCCUCGUCAUCAUCUGAAGUACUUGAAUCUUCAAGUUCAAGAAGCACCAUCCACCUCAUCCACUCCUGCCUCAAGCCACUACCCUUCAUCCACCUCCAGGUACGUCGGAAGCUUCAAGAAUGAUGUGAUUGAAGGCGAAGGAGUCUUCCAUGACCGCGAUGGCGUUUACAAGGGUGCUUUCGUGGAUUCCCUUCAACAUGGCUACGGAACCUACACCUAUACUGACGGAUCGGUAAAAAUCAGGUUUUUUACUUCGACGGUAGAUGUGCUUGUGCUGGAGGUGAAGACACGACCAGCUUAUUUUUCACUCACCUCUCCUCGUCAGUAGAAAAGACGAAGAACUUUCUGUUAAACAGACAGCUGAGCUGUCUUCUGUAAAAAUAAUUAGUUUGAUGUUUGAAGGUCUAGGUUACUAGCUCUGGUGCGUUGUACUUCUAUGAAUAUCCAAAUUUCCAUGGUCGUUGAUGAUUCAACUUGUUUUCCUCGAACAGCAUCGAUUUGUUCAAUAAAAAAAUCGAAACCCUGAAUUAUAUAUAAUGACCACUCCCCCAAUGAAACACGAGGACCACAGGUCUACACCGGUCAAUUCCAAGAGGGCGAGCGACAUGGACAGGGCAAGAUCGCCUGGGAGGAUGGAAGCAGCUAUGAAGGCCAGUGGGCGGACAAUGCGAUGCAUGGCACGGGAGUUGUCGUCGUAAAGAGCGGCACUCAGCAAAAAGUCGUCUACGAGCAUGGAAUCCAAGUCGGAGGUGACAAGGUGGAGGAGAAGAAGUAAGCAGUGAGUAGGCUUUGAAUCUAACAAGCACGACAAAUCGAUUCUAGAAGGGGUUUUUCUUAGAAUUUUCCAGCAGGGUUGUAACCGACUGCGAGGACAGUUCUUGCACUACGUAAUCCUAAUCGACCUCUGCACUAUACAUAAUGAUAACACGAAAAACCACGCGGAACUAGAAGGAGCCUCCAGCACUUUGUCUCACCUACUUGUACACCUUAUAAAUUGGACAGCAUUAGCUAAUAGAAAAUUUAGCAAACCACGAGAUUGGGAGAACUUCUGCUCGUGCGCAAUAGAUAACAGGGAAAGAAAAUGUACUUAUAGACCAUCAUGAUUAUGCUUACAAAAAAACAUGUAAUCGAAAAUUCGGAAAGAAUUAGAAUACCGUUAUUUCGGGAACAUAAAACAUAGCAGAUAGAUCUUUUUCGUAGAAACAAACAAGAACCAAGAUUUGUGAAGCUGUAAAACGAUUUUCAAAUUUUUCAAAUUUUAACAAUCUCAACAAGAAUUCUAGACGUACUUGUCUUCAAGAAAGAACUGCAAGUCGUGGCGGGAAAUCCACAUAUUGGACCUAAUCUUGUACAUCGACAGUACUGUGCUCAAUGAAAAGACCUUUCUUGCAACUACGACUACAUUCAUCGUGGAAAAUACAUCUUCUUCAUUUCUUCAAUUUCGAUAGAGGGACGAUUCA